GGAAGCGGGGACCCUUACCUCCGCCACCUGGGGACGGCUGGCUCCUCGAGGACGCCACUGGCCCUCGUGAACCCCCGGCGCCCAGGGAGCCUGGGUAGAGUCCGCUGGGCCCCAGGAAUAAGAGCAGACGGAUCUGGCGUAGGAGCCCGGCUGCAGACUUAGGAGAUGCCUAGGACAAGGAGGCCACCUUCUCAGGGCAGAAGGAAAAGGAGGUGACAGGCGUUGAAACCACUGAAGGGAACCCAUGGCUAGGAUCAGUUUUUCCUACCUCUGCCCAGCCUCCUGGUACUUCACUGUGCCCACAGUGAGCCCAUUUCCCCGUCAGCGGGUGGCAUUCCUAGGACUCUUCUUCGUAUCCUGUCUCCUUUUACUUAUGUUAAUCAUGGACUUUCGACAUUGGGGUGCUUCGUUACCACGAGACAGGCAAUACGAAAGGUAUUUGGCUCGAGUAGGAGAGCUUGAAGCUACUGACACUGAAGACCCAAAUCUAAAUUAUGGACUUGUUGUGGACUGUGGCAGCAGUGGCUCCCGGAUUUUUGUUUAUUUCUGGCCAAGACAUAAUGGGAACCCCCAUGAUUUGCUGGACAUCAAACAGAUGAGAGACCGCAACAGCCAACCAGUGGUUAAAAAAAUCAAGCCAGGAAUCUCUGCAAUGGCAGACACUCCAGAACAUGCCAGUGAUUACCUUCGUCCUUUGCUGAGCUUUGCUGCUGCUCAUGUGCCUGUGAAGAAGCACAAGGAGACCCCCCUUUACAUCCUAUGCACAGCAGGCAUGAGGCUUCUCCCAGAGAGGAAGCAGUUGGCUAUCUUGGCUGAUCUCGUGAAAGAUUUACCCCUGGAGUUUGACUUCCUCUUUUCACAGUCUCAGGCAGAAGUGAUCUCUGGGAAGCAGGAAGGGGUUUAUGCAUGGAUUGGAAUCAACUUUGUUUUGGGAAGAUUCGACCAUGAGGAUGAAUCAGAUGCUGAGGCUCCCCAGGAAUUGGCAGCAGGACGCAGAAGGACAGUAGGUAUACUGGAUAUGGGAGGAGCCUCUCUCCAAAUUGCUUAUGAAGUUCCUACCUCAACCUCUGUCCUUCCUCCACAACAGGAAGAAGCUGCGAAGAUCCUGCUGGCUGAAUUCAACCUGGGCUGUGAUGUACAACACACUGAACAUGUGUAUAGGGUUUACGUCACGACCUUCCUGGGUUUUGGGGGCAACUUUGCCCGGCAGCGCUAUGAAGACCUUGUGCUGAAUGAAACUCUUAACAAAAACAGGUUGCUGGGCCAGAAGACAGGUCUGAGUCCCGACAAUCCAUUUCUGGAUCCCUGCCUGCCUGUGGGCCUCACAGAUGUGGUGGAGAGGAACAGCCAGGUGCUGCAUGUCCGAGGAAAAGGAGACUGGGCGACUUGUGGGGCAAUGCUGAGCCCCCUGCUGGCUCGCUCCAACACCAGCCAGGCCUCACUGAAUGGCAUCUACCAAUCGCCAAUUGACUUCAACAACAGCGAGUUCUAUGGUUUCUCUGAAUUUUUUUACUGUACAGAGGAUGUGUUGCGCAUUGGUGGCCGCUACCAUGGGCCAACAUUUGCCAAGGCUGCUCAGGAUUACUGUGGCAUGGCUUGGUCAGUACUCACUCAGAGAUUCAAGAAUGGCCUCUUUUCAUCACAUGCAGAUGAGCACCGACUCAAAUAUCAGUGUUUUAAAUCAGCUUGGAUGUACCAAGUCCUUCAUGAAGGAUUCCACUUUCCCUAUGACUAUCCAAACCUGCAGACAGCCCAGCUGGUAUAUGACCGAGAGGUUCAGUGGACGCUGGGAGCCAUUCUGUAUAAAACACGAUUCUUACCACUCAGGGAUCUACGGCAGGAAGGUGUCCGACAGGCCCAUGGUAGCUGGUUCCGUCUCUCCUUUGUCUACAACCACUAUCUCUUCUUCGCCUGCAUCCUGGUGGUGCUACUGGCCAUCAUCCUGUACCUUUUGCGGCUACGCCGAAUUCACCACCGACAAACUCGAGCUUCAGCUCCAUUGGACAUGCUGUGGAUCGAAGAGGUGGUGCCCAUGAUGGGGGUACAGGUGGGCCCGUGAGGCCAGACAAGGACUAGGCAAGCUCGAGUACUCCAGAGUCGCAGCUCAUCGAAUUCCACCACUUUCUUGUACUGGCCUCAGAUGCUGCUUUGCCUAACUAUGUGGAUAUUUGGCCCUGGAAUUUCUACUUUAAUUCCUUCUCAAUGUCCAGGUCCUCUUCUCUGAGAGAAGCUGUAAUUUAGUCUGUGAAGAAUUAAAUAAUGAGAGAUUGGUGCUAACAAAGGGGACCAACCUUAGUCCAAUUGAAGCAUGCUUCUCCUUUAUCUGAGAGGUCUGGUGUCUUCCUGGGAUCUAGACUUUUCUCUCCUUGCUAAAGCAUCAAGUUUGGCAUUGGGCACAUUGGAAGCCUGGUUAAAACCAAACUUACAGCAUCUGAUACAAAGCUGAAGACAUUCUAGCAAGUGCAGCAGCCGCUUCUUUCUCUGUAACAGAGAGAUCAUUUAUGUGGAGAUCCACAGCCUUUAAUAGGAAUCUCAAAUCUUUGCAGUUCAGUGGAACAGAUGAAUUUCCAGGCAACCAAAAUAACACAACUUCCUUGCUUACUUGACAAAGAAGCCAUUUUGAGUGUGGUCCAAGAUCCCUGAUGUUAGCUUGUGAUUUUAAUAGGUUAGAACCUCUUCUAAAUUAAUGGUCCAUUGAAGAUUUUGACAUUAUCUUAUCUGAUGCCUGGUAUAACCAGGAUAGAAAAUUUUUCCAUGUCUAUGUGCCUCACAGGCUAUUUGGGCAUUAAUUUUACUUUUUGAGCCUUAAGUGUGCUUGUAGGAUGGAGAAACUGUAAUGGGGAUUGGAGACCUGAAUUUGUCUAGUUUCAGGUCACUAUCCUCUAGGCCUAUUUUUAUGAGCCCUUAGGCAGGAAGAUUCAAAAAGAGUUCCUUUAUUUCACUGCCAAGAUCAAUAUGUAGUUUUGGAAAGGAUGUAUUUGAGUUGUUUUUUAAGAAGGGAAGAAUAAUAUCAGGAGAGUGGGCAAAGGCAAUAAAAUCCAAGCUCUUAUUUAUCAAUGUUUUUCUGAGAAAUAUAAAUUUUCUCAAUUUUAUGUCUGAAAAAAAAAACCAAAUUCUAAACUUGGGAAUAAAUAGAUAAAUCUGUUAAUAAGCCACCUGGCACCUUUCAGAACCUUUGUUAAGAGAUUGCUCAGUUAAACAGCAUUUCCAUUAAUGAGGAGAGAGGAAAAGCCAUAAUAAUGACAUUUUCCUCUACUACCCUUCAGGAGCUUUGCUUCUCCUCUACAUUUAGCCUUUAAAUUGCAUGAGGAUUUCUUUUUCAUCAACUCCUGCCUUCCCCCAUGGAGUCUUCUUUAUACUUUACCCUUUCCUAUAUGUAGCCUUGAAUGUCCUGCCCAAGCAAAUGCUCCCAGGGUUGAAGUAGCUUUCUUUUCUUUUAUGUCACCUUUGAUUUCUAGAAUUAGAUGAGUAGGGAAAAAGGUCCCUGACUUUAAAGGAAAAAAAAAAGUGGAAUUCUUAAAAAAUAAAUCUCAUACUGGGGGUGGAAAGGAAUGAAAUGCUUCACAAAACAGAGAAAAGGAAGUCAAGAUCCUCCUAAAAAUAAACUGAGAGGAAAAUAAGUAUACUGAUGUUUGGUUGGUAGGUGAAAAGAUGGCAAGUCUUGAACUGUUUUCAAGUUAGAUAAAAAUGGAUCUAGCAAAGAGUCUUAUAGUUUUCUUUGGAAAUAUUUUUUUACUUUUCAUUAGGGCUCAUGUCACAGCAAUUUCCUUUAGUUUUUAAGACUUCUAAAUUGCCUUUUCUUUGACUUCUUAUUGUCUUUGUCACUGUGAGUGAGCCCUCGACUUUAUGAAUGCUGCUUUUAAAUAAUGUCAAAGUGUGUUUUUGCUAGCCAUUGCUUACUCAGGUAACUCUUUUCCCUUCACCUGGGUUUCCAAAUACUAUUUUUGGUUUUCUUGUGAGAUCUAGUCAAAAGCUACCUGAUUGGCUAACAGUGAUCACAUUCGUGUGCUCAAAAUGAAGUUGAAGUGGAAAGGAGGUAGUGUAUAGUCCAGUUUGAAAGCUCUUAUUAGUAAAAUUAUUCUUCAUCCUGGUUAUAAUAAUAGCUACUAUUUGUUAAGCACUUAUUAUGUACUAGACACUCUGUUAAGAACUGUAUGUAUAUUAUUUAAUCAUUAUGACAGCCUUUCAGAUUGAUGUUAUGUGUUCUUUUUAUAGUUGAGAAACUCAGGAUACCUAUGUUUAUCACUUUUUUCAAUAUAAAUGUAUUAUUCUUUAUUAUAGUCUUUGAGUUUUUGUUUAGUGUGUUAUAUCCUGUUUAUUAUUUUAAUAUUAUAGGAUCUAGGCUUGUCUUUAUUACAUGAAUAAGAUUUUUCAGAGUUCCAUGGUAUAAAAGUCAGAAGGAAAAAUUUUUAUCAUACCCCUCAGAAAAACUGAAUAUUUGCUCUUGGUAUUGGUUCCUGUGCUUUUUCCAAUGCUCCCAAUUAAUAGAUUUUAAAUGAAAUGUCAUUAGCUAGAACAGAAGCCAUUUAUUCCUUGCUGAGAGCCAAUUACUUAAAUAUAUUGCUUUCUCAUAAUGAAAUACUCUUGCUUAUAGAAUCAGACAGUCUGUCUUGCCUUUAACCCGUUUUUAGCCCUCAGUUUUUAAAGAUUUUUUAAAGAUUUCUGUUUACAUUUCUGCACUUUGAGUGGUUUCCCCUAUGAAGAUAAUUAUGGUUUCAUAAAAUUCACAUUCCGCUGGUUCCUUUGAAUCUUACCAGCUAGUCUUCUUGCAAGGAUAACAGCAACCAUGAACCUGAACUGUUCUAGUACUUUUGUUAUUACUGAGACAGGUCACAAAUGUCAAAGUCAGAGUCAGUGGCUUAUAGGAGUGAUGUUUUAUUAGUCCUAUGUUGGCACAACCCAUCACUUUUGUCUGAAAUUUUUGUCACUAGAACGUAAUGAAAAUAUGUGUAAUACCUAAUUAUAUGGCAUUACGUUCACUUAAGUUGCAGUAAACUCUAAGCCAAAUUAUACCGUCUUUCUCUCUGUGCCUGAGCUCCUUGAUUUUCCUUGGUCUAGGAAA